CAAACGCCAAUGCAAAGGAUACAACGUGCAUACGGAAGAAAACUCAUGCAAAGCAAAUAACGGCGCGUUACGGAAAGAACUGUGGCUGUGAUGGCCCUUUAGCAGAAAGCAAUAAAAGCAAAGAGAAAACGAAAAACGAAUAACGUUUGACGAAAGUGAAAAGUGGAAGUGCAUUCAAUGAAAAUCAAACAAAGAAUGUAAACAAGCGAAAAAAUCUAAAAAUAAAAGAAGUUAAAAAAAAAGAAUUCCCAAAAAUCGAGAAAAAAAAUCUUGAAAAAGUAAAUAAAUACAAAUUAGAGAGCAAAAUAAUAGCAAAAGGCCUUUGCGUAAGGACCUUCAUAAAAGUGUAUUUUGGAGGGUGUUUGUGUGUGUGUGUGUGUAAGUGCCCGUGUUAUUAUUGUGUGCCCUAUGCAUGUUUAAGUUCAUGUCCAUUUGAAUGUUUACUUUUGAGCAGCUCAAUUGGCUCUAUUCAAGCUCUUCAAAGUACUUCCACCUGAACUGGUAUUUGAACAAGGCAUACGUCCAAGUGCCGAAGGCAUUUGCCGUUUAUGCUACGCCUGCCAAUGCUGUUGUCCUUCAUGGCUGUUCCUUUAGCCACAACGACGAGGACGACACCGCCGUGCCGUAGAUAAACCUACCAAGGUCGAGCACAACAGCCCAUUGCAUGGCACUGGCCAAACAUCGACAACCCCUUGUCCCGAUGGCAGCAGGGCCAAAACAUUUUGUUGGCACAAAUGGCACAAGAGAAAGAUAUUGAAUUACAACAGAAUGUUUUCACCAGGCAUUUCCAUAAAUCUUUGGGAUAUGGAAAAUAUUUGUAAAAUAUCAAAUAUUUGUCCUCUGCAUAGGGUUAAGUAAUCGAGGGUGGGCGGAAGGACCUUUACACCAAGACCAUUGAAAGAUAGAGAGAGCGAGACUUGCAAUGUAUUAGGAAAUGAAAUUCUUGGUAAACCAAUACCAAUAUCAAUAGUGAAAUGUCUCCAUUUGAUGAUAGGGUCCAACGACGCAUAUCCAUCACUAUACCCAACAAAGCCCAUAAACUAACGUCACUGCCACUGCCUCUGCCACCUCCAACGUCACAGCACCAUGACCACAAAACGAGCUACCACCACAAAUUACGGCCACCCACAUUCGCAGCGUCGGCCACCUGACGUCGAAGAGGCCCUCUCCUCCAUGUUGUGGACACCAUAUGAGCGAGCCUCCAAUACGGACACCUCAUCCGAGGAUGAAGAUGAACAAUUGCAUCGCCAGCAAUUGAGGAAAUCCAAGAGUCAAUAUGAUUACACGAGUAUACCCACAAUACCACCGUCACCUACGCCGCCAUCGCCCAAGAUAAUGAUGCCCGCCGCUAAUGCCACCACCACCACCUCCACCUCAAGUCUUGUGGCCUACAUAGCGACUCCGACGCGUAUUGUGGCUUUGCAGCCCGCUCCCACGACCUUGCAGGUGCCGGUUGCGGCCUCGUUUGUAGCAACAAGUGAUUGUCUGAGAAGUGGGGGUGGGGCGGCCACCACCACCUACUAUGCAACGGAGGAUUUAUGUGAUGCAUCUGUGACCACACCGUUAGUGCCUUUUUCCAGCAGCCUUGUGCUGGAUGCCAAUAGCGGAAAUUUGGCGGCCAUGCCAACCCCAUCGGCAUUGACUGAUGAGGUUUUGGCCGGCACCAGUGCCACCAGUCAUCUGUUGGCGGUGGCCGUUGAAGAUGCUCACAAUAAUUGUUAUCCUAAUGAGAGUACAUUAGCGAGCAACGCGACUAUGGCUACCUCAUUUGCAUCAUCGUUAGAGAGUCAUAAAAAUCGUUUCUCAUCAUAUCCUUCCUAUGGUCGCCUGCCGGGCUUCAGCAAAUGGUUUUCCUCCUACUACUCGUCGUCGUCGUCGAACAACCAAGCCAAUGCCACCCCCAUGCCUGCCCCACACUCCAUAACAAAUGACAACGCUACAGUUACCUUGCCGGCGAGUUCAUCAUCAUCAUCGUCAUCAGCUCAGAUGUGCUCAUCUGGAAUUGCAGCUCCCAUGGCAUCAGCCAAUACCGCUAUGUCUACAUCAGCAUCUGAGGCCAAGGAGCCACCCUCGUAUGAGUCCUUGUAUUCCAAGCAACAGCAGCAGCAGCAGCAGCAACAACAACAGCGUAGGCGUCGUUCUGCCACAGCCAUAACACGCCACAGCAAACAUUUGAAUAUUUUCAAGCCGGUGCUGGAGACAUUAAAAGCAAAUGUGUCAACAAUUACACAGGGUCACCGCUUUGCCAGCAUAUCUUCCUCAUCGUCGCGACAGGAUAAUAGUAGCAGCAGCAGUCGUCGAGUUAAUGCGAACACAAGUUACAAUGUUGUUGUCGACACCAACACCAACACGAACAACAGCCAAAGCCAAGGCAUCAACAGCCACAGCCAUGAGAGUCACAGUCGUCACAGCAAUAAUCCUUGUACCGUUGGCAACCGCUGUAACACUGAUGGCGCCCCCAUUGCAACACAUUUGGUUCAUUCAUUUAGUGAUGAUUUUCUAACUGAGCAUGGUUCCACGGUACAGCGGCGUUCGCAACAUGUUGCCCCAUUAAAUGUUGACAAUGCAUGUAUUGUGAAUACCAUAAACAAUAAUAGCAACGUCAUCAAUUGCUCCAUAACCACAAUUGAGGAGAGCAUAGAGCCUACAGUACAACUACAACAACAACAAACACAACAGCUACAACAAAGUAAUAACGAUGCGGUGGCAGAAGCCGAACUGAUUCAUCGCACAAAUCAGCUGCUGGUUGAGCAUGGCCGCGAUCAAAACACAAGCAUGAAAACGAAUAGCAUAUCACAACAAACCGACCAACAAGAAGAAGAACAAGAAACGGCGGAAAAUAAACAAAACAACAAUUUUAUAUUGUGCCAUCAGCAACGACCUCACCACCACCUCCACCACCACUAUCAUCAUCAUCAUCUGGCUAACGAAAUAUACGAGCAAAGCAAAGAGUGUGAUAAAAUGAAUGCCUUUACCACUUCACUACAGCAAAUGAAUGCAGCAUUGACGCUGGCAGCGCCGUCGCCGCAUGUCAUGUUCAGAGAGCCACGAGAGUUCAUGUACUCGGUGUAUUGUCACAGCGGCGGCGUUGGCGCCGGCAGCAGUGGGGAUGCAUUGCUGAGAGAGCUGCCGCCGUAUGAGACAACCACCACAACAACUGUGCCGAUCAGUUUAACGCGUUCAUUCGAGGUAAACACAACGUAUGGUGGAUUAAUCGGUUCGUCGUCGCAUUAUAACACGGCUUCGGAUACGACGUUCAAAACGAGUUUCGGACCAAUACCAGCAUCGACGAAGAACGUUAAUAGCUCGGAGACAACAACAACAACGACUACGUAUAAUUUAACACCCAAUAAAUGUUUGGCAGAAUUGGAACGUUUAUAUGCCGAAUUUCGGGCCAGUGAAAGUUUAAGAGAGAAACGUUUGCGCGAAACUCAAGGUGAUAGCAACGUGCGGGAAACAUCUACGGCUACGACGGGACAACUGUCGGUUUCGGUUGAAAGUAGCGAAAAUAACGCAAAUAUGCGUCUUAAUGUGCCCGCCGCCUCCAGCAAUGGCCGCGGUGCCAUGGAUAUGGCGGAGGCGGCCAAAGGUGGUGGUGAUGCCACAACAAAAUUGAAUCCCAGCACUAGUAGUGUGUUCCUAACAACAACAAAUAGUGUGACGGCCUUAACGAAUCCGUGUCAGCGUACACCGAGUUUAACCAUACAAGUGAAUCAGCAGAAUUCGUCUGGCCCAGCAGCCAAUAAUAAUGAUAGUAAUAACAACAACAACAACAACAACAAUAGUAAUAAUAAUGGUGAAAAUAAUGCUUCGCAAAUUGUUCUAAAUCAGGCCAUAGUGAAUGCGACAACGACAACGACGACAACAACAACCACCAAAAAUGGUGUUAGUGUGAUAAAUUGUAAUUAUGUGAAUAAUACUAAUAAUAUUAAUAAUAACAACAACAACAAAAGUAUUACAAAUCUAAGCGAUAUAGCAACCAAUACCAAUCUCAAUAUCUCCCAUGUAAAUAAUGCCCAAGUGAUUGCAACAAAUCCCAAGAGCAGCAGUGACAGUGAUAAUAGCCCUUUGAAAAAUUCUAAGAAAAAUCGUAGUGGUGGCAAUCAAUUUCACCAUACACAACCACAUCAUAGUUCAGUGCCUCAAGUGUUAAAUGUCGAAAAUGAAAAUAAUAAUAAUAUCCAUAAUAAUGUUGAUAAUAAAAGCACAAAAGCAAAUGCCAAUAAUAAAAAUACCCCAAAUAAUAAUCGCAACCAUAAAAAUAGCUCUCCCCCCGAUCAUGGCCCCAACGGCAGUGUUAAUGUUAUCCAGAUCAAUGGUCAGACAACCUCACCCUCACGCACCUUUACCUCAACCGAAUGCCAAACGGAUGAUCUAUCCUCGGUUCAGCUGAGAUCAUCGCCCAGAUCUGCGGCUCCAUCAACAGCCUUGGCCCGCGACUCAACACUGAGCAAUAGUCGUGAUCAACGACGCCGGGAGAGGCGAGAACGUCGUCAUCUGCAGCACACCGCUUCCUUGAUGGUGGCUCCCUCCCAUGCACAUCAUGCGGCGCGUCAUGCUCAUCUGGAUCGUCAUUCAAUGCCGGCUCCCCCAUUGCCACCCAUAUUGCAUCCACCCCAUUUGCAUCCGGGUUUGGCCCAGAAUCCCCACAAUGUUGCCAUGUUGAGACCCAUGUUGCCUGACAUUCUGCACAAUCAUUACCCGCCCCCUUACAGUGCAUUGCCCUCACAGCCACCACCACCCCCACCAAGCAUGGGUGUAAGUGCCAGUAUGUCGGGUCAUCCCAAUGGCCCGACAAUGCAGCAAUUCGCUCAUGCCUGUCCACCGCCACCAGCGGGUGGAGUAACUCUAUUGGGACCCCCACCACCACCGCCACCAGCAGGUACAACAAUGUUAACAUCGGUGAUAUCGACGGUUCCUAUACCGGGCGCCACGCCAAUGGUUAGCGAUGGACGCUUUACACUGCCAUUGCCGAUAAUGAGAAGAUCCCCUUCCGAACGAUCUGGUAAAGGUUGCUGUGGUCAAUGGUUUGCCGGUCCUCCGCUACGUGCCUUAAUAGCUGUGGUCGCCCUUGGCGGUGUUGCCUGUGCAUUGGGUGGUGCUGCUCUUGGUGCCACCGGCUUAGCAGGACCUCCAAGUUCACAUUUUACCGCUGCUCUACUUAUGAUUGGCGUCGGUGUUGUCCUUGUAACAGUUAGUGGUGCUGCUUGGCGUAUGACCGCACCUGGUGGUCCUCCUUGCCUGGGUUUGGGUUCCAGUGUAGACUUGGGCAGAUGUGGCCGACGGCCAUGCAGUCGAGGCGGUGGUGCACCGCAAGGUCUCCUAUAUCCGGAAUUUCAGCAUAGACCACCGCCACCCUCAUACCAGGCCAGCAUGCAAGAGUAUCGUUUGAGACUUUUACUUUUGGAUCGAGAUCGCCAGAAUGGAGUAGUUCGUGGCAGUUCGCCGCCGCCCACUUAUCGUUCACAUGCCGGAAGUUUGCUAAGGGCUCCCCUAACCUCGACAAUACGUGGAGCAGGUGGCAUUGGCAUUGGCAGCGCCACAGGACGUGCUGAAAGCAGUAUUGGCGGUUCCGAGUACAGCUUCCCACCCAGUUAUCGUUCACGUAAUACCACACCGGGUACUAUCAGCAGUGAGCGAAGCAUUGAAACUGAACCUUCCGGACGUCUGUUGGCUAACGAGGAUAUCCCCGAGCCAUUGAGUGUGGAGCAGCUUUCCGAAUAUAAUACUCUGCAGCAAAGGACAAUGCAAAGAAGAUUAAGUUCUGCUCCGGCUGGUGCAACAACAACUCUAGCAACGACCACCACCACCACCACCACUACAGCAGCAGUAAUAUCAUCAUCAAUAGCUGCAAACAAUGGCCGGGCCAACAGUGAUACUCAUUGCAAGCACCUGAAAGAGGAAAAACGAAAUUCUCUGCAAUUGGACAAGAAUUGCAUAAUAAGCCAGAGGGAGUCAUCCUCCUCGAGUGAUAAGAAAGAUGAUUUAGUUACUAUUGUUACCAUAACACCCCAAACGACAGAUAAUAACAAUGCCGCCGAUACGGUUGAAAGUCAUAACACUACCAAUUUAGAUAGGAGCCAAAGUAGUGGUUCCCGGGAACAGAUUGAAAUAUUGGCACAUUUGUAAGCAACAUUGUGAGGGGAUUAUGGGAAAGUAUAGAGUGCGGUAUAAG